GUAAGAAUAAAGCAUAUAUCAAUGAGUAAGAUAGAAAUAUCUUUACCCAAGCUUUGGUCCAGCACAAUAACUGGUCAGACAGCCAACGUGCAAUCAUCGAAAAGAUGUAAAAAGUAAAAGGAGCCUUUAGUUUAGUUUGUACUAAUUUAUUGUAGCUCGAUUGUGAUGAAAGCUUCAACCUUAUUUGAACCACUCUCGAGUCCGCGUCCUGGAAAAAUCAGUUCUAGUGUCAUAGGAAAAGGCGUGGUCGUGAGUCGUGACACAAGUAGGACUCGAACCCACGAUCCCUGGGUUGAGCGGCCGACACUUUAACCACUAGAGCACUGCUUAUGAAUUAAACAUUUGGCAAUCAGAAGUAGUUGGAAAAUGAUUAUCAUAAGAUGAGUUAUCAUAUAAACCCCCAAAUUAUGUUUAAACGAUCAACAAGUCUUUGCAUAUUAAAUGCGUGUGGCACUUUUAGGGAUAUCUUUUAUUGAAAUAAUAUUUGUCUGUUUGUUUGUUUUGGGUUUAAUGCCAUUUUUCAACAGUAUUUCAGUCAUGUAACGGCGGGCAGUUAACCUAACCAGUGUUGCUGGUUUCUGUACCAGUACAAACCUGUUCUCCGCAAGUAACUGCCAACUUCCCCACAUGAAUCAGAGGUGGGGGACUAAUGAUUUCAGACACAAUGUCGUUUAUCAAAUAGUCACGGAGAACAUACGCCCCGCCCGAGGAUCGAACUCACGACCCCGCGAUCCGUAGACCGACGCUCUACCUACUGAGCUAAGCGGGCGGACAAAAAUAAUAUUUGUCAAAGAGUAGUUUUGUUUGAUUUAAAUCCUGCAAUGGUAUGUUUUAAAUUUACACAUGUUUUCCUCAGGUCUAGUGGUAAUUUGUUGAAGAAUUAUUAAAACCAUCUUUAAUUUUGUAUUAACGAUUGUAAAACAUACAUGCUUCAUGAAUAUUUUAUGAAUAUUGGCCUGGACUGAGCAUUGUGCAUCCUUUUCACAAUAAAAAUGUUACAUUCUACAAUUAUACGGGUAAUUGUAGGCGCAAGCUGUGCCCAGUAUGGAAAAUAGAUGUUUAAGUAGAGUCAAGGUAAUUCUAAAGCUGAUAAACGAUUGUCUUUAUUAUAACUGAUAGCUAUAUAAUUACACUUAUGUACACUAUUAUAUAGCGCUUGUCAUUUUUUUUAUUAUAAAUCUCUAAUAAAUAUGCGAAAAGUGAAAACUAACCAUAAUUUAUGCGCAAUAUGACACAUGUUAUACCAAAAAUAGUUUACGGUUUCUCCAUUUAUAAAAAUAGAAAGUUAUAAAUAGAAAAGCGAUUAUAGCAAGUACAUAAAGCAUGGACGUGAUGAAAGAAUUCCCGGCAUCACUGAUACCUGGCAAGAUAUAUCUUUUCUUCGCAGACGUCUGUCGGGAGGGCCUGCAGUUCUGCAAUGCUGAUAUUAGGGAAAGAAGAUGUGAAUUCUGUGACGCCUACUUUCAUAACUGUUUUACAUAUCAGCAGCAACCAAACUGCACUCAAUAUUGCAUGGAUCAAUGGAUUCAAAAUUCGAGGUUUAAUAUAGCUGCAAAGGAAACAGGAAACGAUAAAUACAAAAUCGCAUUUUUCACAUUGAUAGGACUAUGUGUAACUAUAAUUGUGAUCAUAACUGUCUGUUCCUGUAUCCCGUGUUUUCGCGAAUGGAUAUGUUCACAAAUAAGCAAAUUUUUCAAAAGUAGUGCAACAAAUAAUCACUUUCAAGGUCUUCGUAGCGGAACAGCAGCACCAUUUCUUCCAACAUUCCCAGGCGGUCAGCAUCGCAAUCCGUUGAGCACUGCUUCAGGAGCAAGUGUUAUCAACAACGGUAUUCCUGUAACCUCACCUGCAGUUGCUCAACCUCACCUUCCCAACAACCAUCGUCCAGAAGCAGACGGCAUAUCCCACCAUGGACGCUCGGAAAGUGAAGAGGCGAAUCCACACCGUAGACGUACAGCCUCUCAACAAAGAGCUGAUGCGUCAACCUCUAGUGCAUUGCGAGGAGAUGAAGUCCCACCGGCACAGGUUUUAACCAAAUCAAAAAGUAAGUCGGCUGCGUCUGCAUCCGAGACGAAGUAUGAUAAUAGAGUGAAAGCGCGAGAAGAAGAAAGUAUCCCAUUCCUUAAGAAUGUGCCUAACGGUAGUUUACGUGGAAAGAUUUUCAAUGACAACAGUGUAACAUACGCUAAGAAUUUGAUCCGCCGUCAAAGUGAUGAUAAUGAGAGAAAUCAAAGUGAUGAUAAUGAGAGAAAUCAUUCCCCACAUCACGAGCUGUCGAACCUCCACAGUAGCGGUUACAGAGCUUUGCCACCAGUGUAUUCGGCGAGUGCGGACACAGGGUAUGACUCGGCUUCUGCUGGACAGGGGUCUAGGCGGUAAAUUGUUUGAGUGAUUAAUCUUUGAAUCAUUAGUUAGUAAAUCACCAGGCUAGGUAGUUAAUUGUACCACAUCACUGACAUAGUUUUAUUGUAUUUCGUUUGAAUAACAUGAUAUAAAAUGUUGAGCUUUUGCAGUUUAAGAGUUGAUUCUGAAUUCAGUUUUAAUUAAAAGUGAAUUGUUAUUUACUUAUAGGAAUGUUUAUUUAAUGAUUGAUUUAUGACAAAUUUGGCAAAAAAGAGCAGUGAAUUGAAUUUCAAAUGCAUUCUGACAUAAACACUCCUUCUGAAACAGUUAAUUUCAAUUUUAAUUGAACCUUCUUAAAUCGGUUCGAGUGUUAACAUUAUAUUUUAUUGUACUUGUUCAUGACAUCUACUGUCUUGUUUAUCGUUUUAUUAAUAUUUUACUUGCUUUACGUUGCCAUAGUGAUGGGUUAUGUACUGGUGUGCAAAAAAAACUAACACCUCCAUCCCUACUGAUGAUCUUAUCUUAUAAUGAGCAUCCAUGUUUAGAAAAUAGUACCAUCUGUAAAAAGAUUCUUUGGAAGCAAAGAAUGCAACCAAGAAGUAUAUUAUGAAUGUAUAUGUAAUGUAUAUGUAAAUCAGUUGUAAAAAGCAACUUUGAUGAGAUUAUAUUAUCAAACAUACUUAAAUAUCAUUAAGCUUAACUUGUGGUGUUCAACUUUGUAUGCUGGUCUUAUAUGUUUUUUUUUCACAUUUUAUUGUCAAUUUUUACUCAUUUUUUUAUCAUCGUUGUAUUGCCAUAUCAUCUGUGAUAAAUAUAUUUUUAUUAUCAUUUUUUUAAAAAGGGUACACUUUUAUUAUCUACAUUUCAUAUACACACAUAUACCUACAUGUAGCUUAUCAUGCAUACAAAUGUAUUAGUAUUUCUUGGUUCGUUAAAACGCACGCUGUUUUUAAUUGUUAGCCGUCACGUAAAAUGAACAAUCUUUCAGACAGACGUUUUGCAAGAAACAAAGUUAAGUGCAAAUACAUAAAACCAAACUUGUGUCAUACAUGUAUAUUUUAAAAUGAAGUAUGCCUGAUACCUAUCGACAGAUAUUUAAUGAUUUUUUUCUACAGAAAUGUUUAAAAAGUCAUUCAGUUAGUAUUGGUUGAUAAAGACUAAUGUAUGACCUUGUAUACGAACCAUUCUUUUCCUUUGUUCAGUCUUUCUUUUUUAUUACUUGUGAUGUUAACUGUACCUUUUCUUUUGUUUCCGUUAAGAUUUAGAUUAUUAAACCAGCCUGUAAAUGAGCCGCGUCAUGAGAAAACCAACAUAGUGCGUUUGCAACCAGCAAACCAGCAUGGUUCCAGACCAGCCUGCACAUCCGCGCAGCCUGGUCAGGAUCCAUGCUGUUCGCUAACGGUUUCUCUAAUUGCAAUAGGCUUUGAAAGCGAACAGCAUGAAUUAUGACCAGACUGCGCGGAUGCGCAGGCUGGUCUGGAUCCAUGCUGGUCGCAAACACAUAUGUUGGUUUCCUCAUGGCGCGGCUCAAAUGUUAAAUGUAGGUACGACAUUUUUGUUAAUAAUUUCACAGGUAUAAGAAUAGACUGCUGUUUAACAGGGGCAUUAUCAGCUUUACCUCAUAUAAUAAUAUCAUACUACAUAUCUUAACAAUAAAAUCUUGUAAUACAUAGAA